AUGAAGGCUUUCGUAUUCGCCCUUUUGUGUGUAGUCGCGGCCGUACAGGCUCGCAGCGCGGAUUUCGGAGGUCUAUAUCGCACUCCCGCGCAAGCCGGCGAAAACCCAUGGGUUGUACACUUGCGUGUUGCCAGUAUUCCUGGCCAGGGCUUACUUAGCAGCUGCGUUGGAUCUUUGAUUAGUGAAUCCUGGGUCCUUACUUCUGCUAGCUGCGUCGAAGGUCUUCGUUUCGUGUGGAUCCGCUAUGGCGCACUGAACCCCAUCACCCCUGAGCUCGUUACUGAGAGCUCGCAGUUCACCGUCAACGAAGACGGAAACCUCGCCCUUAUCAGCCUUAACCGAGUCACGGAGAUAAACGAGAACAUCGCUCCCAUCGCUCUCGCUGAUCACGAAGAUGUGCCAGCUUCUGGAAAGUUCUGCGGCUAUGGAGCUGAAAGUAAUGUUCUAAAGGACGAAGAGUUGAGCUGUUUCGAGCUCGCCAUGGAGACUGAUGAAGAUGGCAACAUUGUGGGCACUGGCGACGAACUUCCUUCACCGUACGACCUUGGAGCACCAAUCGUAAGCGACGGCGUUCAAGUGGGAGUCCUCAACAGCGUGAACGAAAAUGGCGCUGUAAUCGUGAAUCCAGCGAAGUACCGCGACUGGAUCGAAUCCGUGUCCGGAGUCCGCGUG